CGCCAAAUGUAGGCGUGUUAAUUUGUUAAGAGGAAAAAAAUGAAUUUCCAGCGUUCAUCAACAUAUUUGAAAAAAUGAAACCGACUUCGUUUUAUAUAUUUCUAUUACUUGUUCUACUAGAAAGAUCAAAAGGACAAUCAUUUGAGAUAAAAUCCCAUUUUAUGAAUGGAGAUAUGAUGUUCACAUGGUCACAUGAAUCCAAAUACCAUGACGUAAGCGUGACGUGUGACGGACGUCACUUGGGAUUCACGAGAGUUUAUGAUAAUAAAUUCGUCCUUAAUGAUAUCCUUAACUACAAUAUUGUCAAGGUCCUUGUUCGUGCCACGAUUCGCUAUACAUACGUCGAAAGUAGGAUGACUUUUCAUCAAUCAGUGUUAGAAGUGACAGAAGGAAGCAACGUGACUCUGUACAUACCAAUCCCAACCAAAGCUAAAACGUUGUGUCAGCUGACAGAUUCUGGUGCUAGCAUACCUCGUUACGCUGUGUCUGCAGAAGAUUUAGCAACCUCAUCCGGGUUGUUUACAUUUGUCUUAUCAAAUGUUUCAGCGACUGAUGCAGGCUACUACGCAUUAGGAUACGAUGUUCAGUCUUGUAGAACAAACCAUGGAGUCGUGCUUGUAGUCAAUGCUUUGCCAGACAAUCCAAAAAUCACAGGAAUACGAAAUGUACCUAUUGGUCAAUCAACAAUACUCAAAUGUCAUAGCAUAUCGCGGUCGAGGCCACUUUACUUUAAAACAUUUCCCGCCAUCGUUUAUACGUGGAUGGUGAACAAUACAGUCGUCCAGUCUGAUAGCCAGACACUGACCAUGAACGUAACUUCCUAUACGUAUGUCCAAUGCCAGGCUAGAGAGCAGUUGACAUCAAUAAGUGACAUUGCUUACAUUCAACCUCUGUAUGGUCCGGAAGCUGUGACGAUGACUCCCGAUUUCUACACAAGUGUUAAGUUGCAUAAUGGUGCAAGCUUUGGACCUGUAUCCUGCAUGGCAGACUGCAAUCCGCCUUGUACAUUCCAAUGGAGAAAAGUGAAUUUGGACGGGACAAUCGAUGAAGUUAUAUCAACAGCAAAUUUACCACGACAGACUGUUAAUAGCACGGAACCUCUGAAAUACCAGUGUGUGACAAUUAGUGAUUACAAAAACAGUCGUGGUUUAAAUACAGUCUCAACGGAAAUUAACAUAGAUGUACAGUAUCUUGCUAAACCGACCAUUCUCGGAAUCAUAAACGGGAACAUAAUCACAGAAAAUAUCAUCCAAGCCAAGGAGGGAGCGUCUGCUGUAAUUCAAUGUUCGUGUGCAGGCAAUCCAAAGCCCAAGGUUUAUAUCACCAGUAAUGAUGAGAAAGGAGACAUUUCAUGGUUACCAAGGAAAAAAGCUGAAUCUGUGUAUAGUUAUCAUAAACUGAAGUGUGAACACACGCAAGAGUAUACUUGUGAUGCUUAUAAUGACCAACUCAAUCAUACCGCAAGUUCAAUUCAUCUGUUCGUAGAAUGCUCUCCAAGGUUAGACGUUAAUAAAUCGUUUCCUCUGCAUUAUCAAGAAAACAUCGACGGGUAUGUUGUUUUAAAAGCUCCGCUGAUCUCGUACCCAAAGCCAAAAGACGCCACUUGGUUUGGACCCAGGGGGGAACAAUUUAAACUUGACACUGCCUCAACAAUUAGCCAAGGGGAUGAACCAUACCAGUUUUGGAUUCACACUGAGAUUCAUAUCAUUAAUGAAUCCUCUUUUGGAUAUUAUAAACUCUUUUUCGAAGGGGAAGAAAUUCAAACUAUUAUAAUAGAAAACAAAGAGUCUAUUAGUUCCGGUUUAAUGGCCUACUUAUCGACUUUGCCGUUGUUGACACUUGUUACCUUUGCUCUUGGAGGAACCAUAUUAUUGUUCUGCUUCAUAUCCACUCUCUGCUACAUCGGAAGGAAAUACAAAAGGAGACAUCGACAUCACAAUCGGAAGACGUGUGUUAUUUCAACGGAACAGGAGACAGGACCAAUGCAAAACGGGACACAAUCCUUUCAGAGAUAUACACUAAUACCCGGUCGUGGCGUUACUGAGUGCAACUACGAAACCAUUGACACUCUUGAAAAUAGUUCAUAUCUUUCCGUGUUUCAUGAAGGAAGUGAAAUGAAGCAUUCCCAUGACGUAUUCUCAUUUCAUGAGAAUACAUCAGAAGCAGGUACAUGCGCAUAUGAGCUUGAGGGUCGCAUCUAUUACUGCGCUACAGAGACACCCAACAGUUGUAAAGAAAAGGAUGAAUAUGAAAAACUUCCAUCCACCUAGACGAACAUUAAAUGAACUUUCCAUGUUAGAUUUUCGAUUAAAAUAAAAGAUUGCAGUAUGAAGGUAAUUUGUGUCAACACAAUCGAAGAGCACAAAUUGUUUAUUUGUUUACCGCCUUACCUCUAUGCCAUACA